AUGACUGGUGGUGUUCACGUCAGAGGAGCUGCUGCUGUCCGCACCGCCGUGCUGUGGGUGUCGCUCUGUAUGCUUCUGCAGCACCUGGGCCACCACCCGCAGUUCACGGCAGAGGCGCAGGGAAGUGUUCAAGUUAACAUUCUGCGGUAUUUCACCUUUGACAACAACGUCUUCUUAAAUACUCCUGGUGGGCGUGUGAAUUACGGUAAUUCCGUGACGGCGUGUAGUGGGAAUGGUGGAUCUCUCGUGACUGGUCAGUCAGCUGCUGCACAAAGUGCCAUUACUGCCCAGCUGAAGUCUCAGAAGCCGCCAUUGGCGCAAUUCCCGCCGUUCAUCCCGUUCUCAAAUACGUAUAUGGGCGGAGAUGCGACGUACAGUAUCAACAGUGAGCCGAUCCUCGCCAAGAGAUGCAUAGCAGGGACUGGUGGGGCUUCAAUUAAUUGUAUCUACCGAUGGAACAGUGGACUUUUUGCAAGCGGGGAAUAUGUCGGCAAAGGUGUUCCAUUUUACCGUGGCUCGCUUUUUUCUCUUCCAGGUGCAGGACCAGUGAAUGGGUACCCACCGUUCUGGCAGAUAUACUACCCUGCACAUGGUAAUCCUUAUGUGAUCUCUCGGUAUGGACACGUCCAAGGGGCAAGAUCAAAAUGGUACGAUACCACACAUGAUGCAAUUGACAACACACGCCUACCUCCAGGGGACUUCGUUGUUGUAUGUGAAGUUCAAGAAACAACUGCUGGUUCCACUCCUAUUCCUACUCCUAUUCCUACUACUACUCCUGUUCCUACUACUACUACUACUACUACCAUACCACCAGCAGCAGCAUCAGAGUCAUCAUGGAUCAAGAAGCAUUGGUAUGUCCCUCUGAUCAUUGCUUUGGUUGUGCUGGCAGCUAUCAUUGGACUGAUUAUUCUCUGUUGUUGUCUUGGUGGCCGUGACGACGAGAAGUACCUAUAUCCAAUGGCCACUAGAGAGGCCAGUGACGUUCCGCUGCAUGCACGUGAAAUCACUGAUGACGAUGAUGAUUAUUAUAAUGAUAAUGACAGAGAUGUGUCCAUGGUUCCAUCAGAACCGAUGCCAAUGGAAGAUAUUGAAUCUGCGAAUGUAUCAGUGUACUCGGUGGCAGAGAACAAUGUUUACGGUGAUGGAGAUGUAUUCUCGAAGGGUAACCGAUAA